GCCCGGCAGAUGGUCCGGCUCUUGGCCCUAAGCCUCCUAGUCUGGUUGUUCAUUGUUUGUUCUUCUGCACUAGAUGUUUCAUACGACUCGAGGGGUCUAAAGAUUAAUGGCGAGAGGAAGAUCAUCAUGUCGGGUUCCAUCCACUAUCCUCGUAGCACACCCGAAAUGUGGCCCGAUCUGAUCAAGAAAGCUAAAGAAGGAGGGCUCAACACUAUCGAGACCUAUGUCUUUUGGAACGCCCACGAGCCUGUCCGCCGCCAGUAUGAUUUUUCGGGAAGAAACGAUCUCGUGAGGUUCAUCAAAACCAUCCAAGAAAAUGGCCUUUAUGCCCUUCUCCGGAUCGGACCAUAUGUCUGUGCAGAAUGGAAUUACGGUGGCUUCCCCGUUUGGUUGCAUAAUUUGCCCGGCAUUCAACUCAGAACAAAUAACACUGUCUUCAUGAAUGAAAUGAAACAUUUCACAGCGAUGAUAGUGGACAUGAUGAGACGUGAAAAGCUCUUUGCUUCGCAAGGAGGGCCAAUAAUCCUUGCUCAGAUUGAAAAUGAAUACGGGAAUAUAAUGGGCUCCUACGGGAGCAACGGGAAGGCGUAUGUGGAAUGGUGCGCUAAGCUGGCCCAAUCGUUCAAUAUCGAGGUCCCUUGGAUCAUGUGUCAACAGGGCGACGCUCCGCAACCGAUGAUCAACACGUGCAACGGUUGGUACUGCGAUCAGUUUUAUCCCAACAGUAAAAAUAGUCCCAAGAUUUGGACUGAGAACUGGGUCGGCUGGUUCAAGGAUUGGGGAAUGCAGGAUCCACAUCGAACUGCCGAGGAUGUCGCCUUUGCCGUUGCUCGAUUCUUCCAAUAUGGUGGAACAGUUCAAAAUUAUUAUAUGUACCAUGGCGGAACAAACUUUGGCCGGACUUCUGGAGGUCCGUAUAUUGCAACAUCAUAUGACUACGACGCACCGCUUGACGAGUACGGUAAUAAGAACCAACCGAAAUGGGGCCAUCUUAAAAAGCUCCAUGAAGUCAUCAUGUCCAUGGAGACGAUCCUCACGAACGGUGACCGAAGAGAUGUGGAUUAUGGGAAUAUGAUGUCGGCAACAAUUUACACAUAUCAAGGAAAGCAGGCUUGUUUCCUAGGAAAUGCGAACUGGAACACCGAUUUCACGGUUAAUCUUAUGGGAACAAACUACAAGGUCCCGGCGUGGUCCGUCACCAUACUUCCCGAUUGCUUUACAGAAGUUUACAGUACAGCCAAGAUCAACAACCAAAUAUCGAUCAUGGAAAAGCUUCCUAACGAAGCCGAUGAUGAGAAGGAGCCCUAUGAGCUGAAGUGGCUGUGGAGGGCAGAGCAUCCUGAGCACCUUAAACACGGCCCCGUGAAGGGAAGUGUCAUGAGCGCGAAUAAGCUCCUGGACCAGAAGGUCGUCACCAAUGACACGAGCGACUACCUGUGGUAUAUGACAAGUGUCGAUGUCACGAAGAGCGACCCUCUGUGGUGCAAGAAGGUGACCUUGCAGGUUAAAACCAAGGGACAUGUUCUCCAUGCUUUUGUCAAUGGCAAGCAUGUUGGGAGUCAGUACGGUUUAUACAACAAGGUGCAGUUUACAAUGGAGAAGGACAUCAAAUUGAAGCUCGGGACCAACACGAUCUCCCUCCUUAGCGCAACUGUCGGCCUAGCAAAUUAUGGUGCUAGAUUUGAUGAAGUAGAUGUUGGGAUUCACGGGCCAGUGAAGCUGAUUGGGGACAAGGGAAGCAAAGAAGAAGUGGUGAAGGACUUGUCAGGGAACAAAUGGACUUACAAGGUUGGACUCGAAGGCAUUGAAGAGAAGGGUCUCCAAAAGGUUGAUUCCCGUCACAGUUCGGGCUGGAAAACCUACAAUCUCCCAUCCAACAGGCUCUUCGUUUGGUACAAGACAACUUUCAAGGCUCCUUUAGGGACGGACCCUGUGGUGGUGGAUCUGAUGGGGCUCGGGAAGGGAACUGCUUGGGUCAAUGGACACAAUAUCGGACGUUACUGGCCUGCCUAUCUCGCCGACCAAGACGGAUGCAGCAUCUCAUGUGAUUAUCGUGGCACUUACGGUUCAAACAAGUGCCUCACCAACUGCGGGAACCCAACUCAAAGAUGGUACCACAUCCCGAGAUCUUACCUUCGUGAUGACGACAACCUCUUGGUUCUGUUCGAAGAAUUUGGGGGCACGCCACUGAAUGUUAAGUUCCAAACCGUUUCCCCAGUAACCAUUUGCGGGAACACGUACGAGGGGAACGCACUCGAACUCUCGUGCCAGGCAGGCAGCCUGAUAUCGGAGGUCCGAUUCCUUAGCUUCGGAAAUCCGAAGGGUUCAUGCGGGGCCUAUGAGAAGGGUACUUGCGAGGCUUCCAAUGCAGCAUCCUUCAUUAAGAAGGCAUGUCUAGGGAAAGAAAGUUGCUCAAUCGAAGUAUCGGAGAAUGUUUUGGGACCAACCGGGUGCCAUAUGACCGAGAAGAACAUGCUUGCCAUUGAGGCAGUGUGUCAUCAACAGUUUUAUUAAGUUUUUAUGGGAAUUCUACUAUUAAUCUUUGUUCCUUUGAUUUAACAGUUUAGGCUUAGGUUUAAUUUAGGUUUCGUUAAUUUUCCUUUCCUAUUAUUCUUAUGAACAUAUUUGCAUGGGAUUUUUUCUGUUUUUUAUUUGUCCAUUGGCA